AAAGCACUGAACUGAGCCUAGACCUUGUCAUUUAAAGUAUUAUUUGACCUAUAUAUUCAUUUCAAAAUGUCUUCGAAAUCAUAUACCCUUCGUUGGGGAAUCCUAGCUACUGGUGGGAUCGCAAAAACAUUCACAACAGACCUUCUGGUCAACCCUACAACCCGCGACGUACACGAUGUCACCCAUGCCGUCGUCGCCGCUGCAUCAUCCACUUCCGCCGAACGCGCACGAUCAUUCCUCUCAGACUGCGGCGCUCCCUCUAGUGCCGCCGCAUAUGGAUCCUAUGCCGAGCUCGUGGCCGAUCCAAACAUUGACAUCAUCUACGUUGCGACGCCGCACUCGCAUCAUUUCCAAAACGCCAUGUUAUGUCUCAAAGCAGGCAAAAACGUGCUCUGCGAAAAGCCGUUGACUGUCAAUGCCGCACAGACGAAGAAACUCGUGGCAACGGCAAAGCAAAAGGGCGUGUUCCUCAUGGAAGCCGUGUGGACUCGAUUCUUCCCCGCGACAAAACAGGUCCAGCAGCUGGUCACCGAGGGCGCAAUUGGGCCAGUCAGACGCAUAGUUGCGGAUUUCAGCAUGCAUUCUGAUGUGGAAAAGGAGUGGAAAGAUAGCCAUCGGCUCUUGAAUAUGGAUUUGGCUGGUGGCGCUCUGUUGGAUUUGGGCGUGUAUCCUAUAAACUGGGUUUUCCAGAUCUUAUAUCACCUCCAGUCCUCUCCUUCUACAUCUUCGCAUUCGACGCAGCCGUCAUCCCAGAAUCCUCUCCCACCAACAGUCACGUCGUCCAUGACAAAAUACGCUCCCACGGGCUGCGACGAAAACACCACUGUUCUCAUGACGUUUCCUGGCUACAAUGGCGGCUCGCAGGGCAUCGCAACGACAUCACUCAGGACAUCUAGCGAGACCGGCCCGUCCGUUCGUAUCUACGGCGACAAAGGCGAGAUCCAAAUCGAUGGAUUGCCCUGCCACCCAGACAAUUACCGCCUUAUCACAGUCAAUCCCGGGGAGGGAAGUGUGAGUAGACAGCCAAAGGAGGUACGUUUUCCAGUGCCAGGGGGUGGAAAAGGCAUGUUCUACGAAGCGGAUGAAUGCGCGCGAUGUUUGCGCGACGGACGCAAGGAGAGUGAGAGUAUCGGCUGGAUGGAAAGUAUCGCCAUCAUGGAGACAAUGGAUGAGGUGAGGAGGCAGAAUGGACUGGUGUAUCCCGAGAGAAUCGAGAGUGCAGAGUAUCCUCUCGAGGGAUUCUAGAGAGUUUGAAACUGCAAAGACGUUUGGUGAAGGGUGUGAGGGGAACAGUUGGGGAAGAAAUGGAAAGGGGAAUGGGAAAGAGAAUUGAAGCUAAAAUAGCUAUAAUUGAAGAAGUAAAUCGAAAGAAGAGACAGCGCUGAGAAGGAACUCGAUGUAAAAGUAGUAAAAUGAU